CAUGACCUUUCUCCUCACUCGCAAGAUUUCUUCCUGCAUAACGACCUGCCUUCAAAUAAUCUUACUCGAUGGCACAACCUACGCCGACUCUCCACGCAGCGCAUACUACACACCUUUCGACCUUGCUCCAGCAGUUCUCCAAGUCGUCAUCACCACGCACAUCACAUGCGCAGCUCGUGUAGUCCUAGACGGUCUGUUGUUGCAAACUUCACCUGCAGCGUCGUUUGGCGGUGAGUGGUGUAGGUACAAGAAGCACGGGUAUAGACGCAAAGUGCAUGGGUAUGAGUAGUUCUCAACUGUUCAUCUCAAUUUUUUCGAAAAUGGCCUUUUGACUAUAUGUUCUAUGCAAUGGCAAAAACAGGAAGUCGAUAACUAUUGUGGUUGGCGAGAAAAACGCCAGGCGACCCACUACUGGUUCUGACCUGUUACUUACCCAGCCACAGUAAAAUCUUGCGGAAAGUCAACCAACCCGGAAGUUUCUGCG